AUGUCUGUCGUCCAGACCGUUUCCGUUCUUUCCGCACUGGCGGCCGCUGUGGCCGCCCACGGCCACGUCACUGGCGUGGUAGCCGACGGGGUUUGGCACCAAAACUACGAGCCCGAGUUUCAAUAUCGGAACCCAGUCCCGGAUGCAAUCGGUUGGUCGGUCCCUCUGGCACAGGACAACGGCUUCGUCGAGCCGAGUUCGUAUAACAACUUGGAUAUUGCCUGCCAUAAGAGUGCUGGAAACGCAAAACUUUACGUGCCUGUGAAGGCCGGCUCGGAGAUUCAGCUGCAAUGGAACACAUGGCCUGAAUCCCACCAUGGGCCGGUCCUUGACUAUCUUGCCGACUGUGCUGGAGAUUGUACCACCGUGCAGAAGUCAGCUCUGAAGUUCUUCAAAAUCGAUGCUGUUGGGUUGUCUCCUGGGAAGUGGGGUGCGGAUGAACUUUUGGCCAACAAUAACACAUGGGGCGUGACCAUCCCAUCCGACAUCAAGCCUGGUAAAUACGUCCUUCGUCAUGAGAUCAUUGCGCUGCAUUCCGCAGGCCAGUCGAACGGUGCUCAAAACUAUCCUCAAUGUGUCAACCUUGAUAUCAGCGGCUCCGGUUCAGCGACCCCAGAAGGUGUUGUGGCCACCUCCCUAUACAAGGCUACCGAUCCAGGCAUUACCGUCAACAUCUACCAGAACCUCAAGGACUACACUAUUCCUGGGCCUGCUCCGUACAAAGGCGGCGGCUCAGGCGGCAGCUCCGGCGGCAGCCCGACCCCUGAGCCUGUCACUUCCGCUGCUCCGCAACCGUCC